AUGUUACUGCAGGUCUAUCUUGACCUCAUCAAUGUUCUCAAUUUAGCUGCAGUUCUACUCACAGCAGUAAACCAAGAUGGGCAGAGGCCGCGGACAUCUUCAACGGACUCCUGGUGGCUCCGUCUCGAGGGGAGGCGGCUUCUCUCUUACCUGUCAGGGCUCAUGCACGGGGAUCACUCGCCUCCCGCGCUCGCCACAGCCAACCCACCGCCGCCAAACAAUGGAGCCAAAUCCGUACCAAUAAAAGACAGAGGUUUCCUUGUCCAGACCGUGGAAUAUGCUGAGCAGAGGAUUCCGGUCCUCAACGAGUUCUGUGUAGUGUGUGAUGAAGCUCACGUAUUCCAGAACGGACCGAUGCUCAGACCCACAGUGUGUGAGCGGGAACUGUGUGUGUUUGCCUUUCAAACACUGGGGGUGAUGAACGAGGCAGCCGACGAGAUCGCCACAGGGGCUCAGGUGGUGGAUCUGUUGGUGUCCAUGUGUAGAUCUGCUCUAGAGUCUCGGAAAGUGGUCAUCUUUGAGCCAUAUCCCUCCGUGGUGGAUCCGUGUGACUCCAAGGCACUGGCCUUCAACCCUAGGAAAAAGGACUAUGAGCGAGUGAUGAGAGCCCUUGACAGUCUCACCUCUAUCAGAGAAAUGUCCCAGGCACCUUACCUGGAGAUUAAGAGGCAGAUGGACAAGCAUGAUCCUUUAGCUCACCCCUUACUGACAUGGGUGAUAUCCAGUAACAGAUCAAAUCAUGUCAAACUACCAGUUACCAGACAGCUGAAGUUCAUGCACACCCUGCAUCAGUUCCUACUACUCAGCAGUCCUCCUGCCAAAGAGUCCAACUUCAGAGCUGCCAAAAACCUCUUUGGGAGCACCUUCGCUUUCCAUGGUUCUCACAUAGAAAAUUGGCACUCCAUUUUGAGGAAUGGUUUGGUGGUUGCAUCCAACACAAGACUUCAGCUCCAUGGCGCCAUCUACGGGAGUGGAAUCUAUAUCAGCCCAAUGUCAAGCAUAUCAUUUGGUUACUCAGGGAUGAACAAAAAACAGCAGAAAGUUACUUCGAAAGACGAAAAUGCUACAAACAAGACCAACGUACAGUCAACAAAGAAAGGACAGCAGCCCCAGUUUUUGCAAAGUCGGAACUUGAAGUGCAUAGCCUUAUGUGAAGUAAUCACAUCCCCUGACCUGCACAAACACGGAGACAUCUGGGUCGUUCCCAACACUGAUCAUGUCUGUACACGCUUCUUCUUUGUUUAUGAAGAUGGCCAGGUGGGAGAUACGAGCAUCAACACACAAGACGCUGGCAUCCAUCGAGAGAUCCUACGAGUCAUCGGCAACCAGACCGCCACYGGAUGAACAACACAGAAAUACUGCUGACUCUCCUCCACCUCUCAGCUCAAAGCUGGAUUUUAGAGCUGCGGAGGCCCGUCGUACAAAGUGUUUCCUUCCGAUCAACGCAGAGAACACACAAACAACUUCAAAGUUUGAAAUCCUCAAAGAAAUAGCUACAGUGAAACCCACCACACAUAUUUACAACUGAAACACAACAAAACUCGAGGGAAGAACACAUUUUGCUAAGUUUCUAAAUACUAUGAAGAAUCCUGUUUUUCCUGAAGACACAGUACGUCUCUGUUUGACUGAUAAGUUUCUAAAUACUAUGAAGAAUCCUGUUUUUCCUGAAGACACAGUACGUCUCUAUUUGAUUCAUUGGGACGAUUUCAUUCUUGUAGAGAACAUUUAAAACGGUAAAACUCUUUGGUGAAUAUUUUGAGACUUUUUGCUAGUAGAUGUGGGCCUUUUCGGGAAAAAUAACUAGGAAAAAGUUCCUUCCUGUCUAGGAAAAAGUUCCUUCCUUUCUAGGAAAAAGGUCCCAUCCAUCUGACCUGGUUUACUAUAGAGUUGUACCUUUUUAAAGUACAAUGUAUACUGAAGGUGUUGAUAUGCACUGUUUCUUAAUGCUAUAUUCUUGUUCCAACAACUGGUUCAUAACCUGAAAAACUACAACUUAUUUUACACUUGAUUAUUUUUGGUGUGGGUGUGUAUGUACACACACACACACACACACACACACACACACACACACACACACACACACAC